CCGACCGCUGCGCAGGUGUUUGUGUGGUGUAAGUGAUCCUCCCGGAUGCGGUCGAGGUAUUGACUCGGCGCCUGGAAAUGGGCGCAUAAUGGAGCUCGCAAGAGAAGACCCGCGUAGUAUACCUUAGGUAACUUCGGUCCAAAUGUCGCGGGAAACGCACCGUGGAAUGGAGACAGCCUUGCAGCGCCGGGGUCCCAGACUCUUGUCGACGAGGGUCGCGACACAGCACGCCAUGACAGACCAGUGGCCCGGAGUGGACGUGAGGCUCUCGCAACGACGUUCCAUGACAUGCUCGGCCGUAGGCGAGGCGGGCUGUGAGCCACGGCCGCAUGUGGGACUCUGCUAGUGAGGAAUCAUGUACGGCCGCCUCGAGGUGGUGUCUAGAUGCUGACCUUAGUAAGGUUCACGGGUUCAAUCUCAUCGCCGCGCUGGGGCACGUCAGGCUCACUGACGAAAACCGUCGAGCUCGUCAGCCGGGAAGCCGGGCACGCCGCCCCAGUCCGUCCAGAUGCUGGGGCAUAAAUAGAGACCUGUCGCCCGUCAGUCUGACGAUAUUCCUCACCCUCAGCCGACCAUCUCCUCUCAAGCAGACGAACCCAGACCAGGACUCCAGGAGGCACCUGAAAAUCCGGAGCCCGGCCUACGAAAAGAAAUCUCAUCUCAAGCCUUUCCCACCCUGUAUAUAUCCACCAUGAACUACACAACCAGCAGCACCGCCUCUGAAUCACUGGCGCAGGAAGCCACCAUGGCAGCCCCGGGCACCACCGACACGCACGUCGCCAUCGUCGGGGCCGGCCCCCGAGGAACAAGCACGCUGGAGCGUCUCUGCGCCUCGGCGAGGGACUUCCUCACCCCCGGCUCCCGGCUGACCGUCCACGUCGUCGACCCCUCGGCCCCAGGCGCCGGCCGCGUGUGGCGCACCGACCAGUCGCAGCAGCUGCUGAUGAACACGGUGUCGUCGCAGAUAACGCUCUACACGGACAACAGCGUAAGCUGCGCGGGCCCGAUCCGCCCCGGGCCGAGCCUGCACGAGUGGGCCGUCUCCCCGGCGGGCGGCAUGCCGGACCUGGGCCCCGACGACUACCCGACGCGCGCCCUCUACGGCCGCUACCUGGCGUGGGUGUUCAAUGAAACAGUCCGCACCCGCCCCGAGGGCGUCGAGGUGCAGGUCCACGCUGCGCGCGCGGUGCGCCUCGACGACGGGCCGGGGGGCAGCCAGGUCCUCACGCUGUCCACGGGCGGUGUUCUCUACGGCCUGUCGGCGGUGGUGCUCGCGCUGGGCCACCUGCCGCUGCUGAGGGGCCCCGAGGAGCUGGCGCUGGCGACGCACGCGGCGCGGCAGGGCCUGCGGUACGUCGGGCCCGCGAACCCGGCCGACGUGGAGCUCGAGGCCGUCGCUCCGGGGGAGCCCGUCUUCCUCCGCGGGCUGGGGCUCAACUUUUUCGACUACAUGGCCCUCCUGACGCUGGGCCGGGGCGGCCGUUUCGUCAGGGACGACGAGGCCGGCGGACAGCUCCGAUACGUCGCCUCGGGCAACGAGCCCCGGCUGUUUGCGGGCUCCCGCCGCGGGAUCCCGUACCAGUCGCGCGGCGCGAACCAGAAGGGCGUCGACGGCCGCCACCAGCCUCUGCUCCUGACCGAGGAGGUGAUCGCCGGGUUCCGGCGGCGCGCCGAGGCCGGCAGCCCGCCCGACUUCCUGGCCGAGGUGUGGCCGCUGGUCGCGAAGGAGGUCGAGGCGGUGUACUACGGCCUCCUCCUCAGGCGGGAGGGCAUGUUGAAGUCGGAGGAGCAACAAACAAAAUUCCAGGGGCGCUUCCUCGCGGCGCCGCACGCCAGCCCGGAGGAGGCGGCGGUCCUGGACGAGAUGGGCGUCCCCGGGGAGCAGCGCUGGUCGUGGGAGCGCCUCGCCCGGCCGCAGGGGCGGCGCACCUUCAGCUCGGCGGGCGAGUGGCGGGCGUGGCUGGUCGCCUACCUCCGCGAGGACGCGGCGCAGGCGGCGCUGGGCAACGCCGAGGGCCCGCUCAAGGCGGCGCUCGACGUCCUCCGCGACCUGCGCAACGAGGUGCGCCUCGUCGUCGACCACGGCGGGCUGGCGGGCGGCUCGAGGAGGGACCACCUCGACGGCUGGUACACGCCGCUCAACGGGUUCCUGUCCAUCGGCCCGCCGCAGCUGCGCAUCGAGCAGAUGGUCGCCCUGAUCGAGGCCGGCGUGCUCGACGUGCUCGGCCCGCGCCCGGAAGUCCGCGCCACGGGGGGCGGCUGGCUCGUCCGCUCGCCGCACGUCCCCGGCCCCAGCGUCCGCGUCACGACGCUCAUCGAGGCGCGCCUCCCCGAGCCCGACCUCAAGUGUACUGCUGACGGGUUGCUGAGCCACCUGCUGCGGACGGGCCAGUGCCGCGCCCACGCCACGCCCGACGGCGCCUACGAGACGGGCGGGCUCGACGUCACGCGCGCGCCGUACCACGUCGUCGACGCCAGGGGCCGCCCGCACCCGCGCCGCUUCGCUAUCGGCGUCCCUACCGAGGGAGUUCACUGGGUCACGGCUGCAGGGAUCCGGCCUGGUGUCAACUCGGUUACGCUUGGGGAGACUGACGCUAUCGCCCGGGCGAGCCUGCGUGUCGCGGCUGCUGACGGGGCGGAUGGUUCUGGGGACGACGACAACCUGCUGGCGGUGAGCGUCCAGGCGCGGCUGGGGACGGGGUUGCCUGUCGUUGAGGCUGUUGCUGCUGCUGCUGGCGCGGUGCUGCAGCAGCUGGAUGCCAGUGUCCCGCGGCCUAUGGCGAGUCUUGUCCAGCCUGCUACUAACAGCGUCAAGGUGUGA